GUUUUCUGAAUCAUUUUGUAAGCGUCUGCAAGAUCUAGACUGUCAUGGCAGCUUCCAGGGAAAUUCUGACCUUGUACAGAACUUUGCUGCGUGAACUGAGAGCUGUUUACCCAAAGGACAAGUUGACAGAAAGUCCAGCUUACCAACAUGUGAGGAAACAAUUUAGAGAACACCGAGUUACUACAGAAAAAUUAUGUCGUAGCAAAGUAGAGAUGGAGUACCUCGCAAGAACAUACCUUUGCUUUUUACAGAGUGUAAAACAGCAUGAGGAGUUACAUUCAGCUUACAAAGGAGCAGGGGAGAGAAGUAUUGAAUCAGCAGCUAAUCUAGUGGGACUUAAAUUACCAGAACUGCCGGACGAGCAAGACUAGACAUGUGUCUCUUGUGAUUUUGAUGAACAGAUUUAUU